AUGUUCUGCUGCCUCUUCCUUCUGCUUCUCUUCCUCAUGCUCCUGCUCCCUCCCGGCCUCGUCGGACAGCCUCGCGCCCACUUCCGACUCACCGAAGAGUGCCAAAACGGCACUUUGGUCGGUCGACUCUCUAGUCUGUUGGGCCGACUCGACGCCGCCGGACUCGCCAACGACCUCUCCGGCGCCCCCGGUCUCUUCGACUCUGUUGCCGUGGCCAUGGCGACGGCCGACUCUGUCGCCGGCUCGUCAGGCCUGACCAUCACCUACCAACUGUUGUCGGUGAGUGCGUUGUUCCGGCUCGACUUGACGACCGGCGAUCUGUACACGCGCGGCCGGAUCGACCGCGAAGCCGUCUGUCCGGACGACGCCAACAUGUCGCCCAUUCUGUUCGGCGCCGACGAGCUGGCCGGCGACGAGGACAGUCUGUACCCGGCCUCGGAGACCGGUUGUCGCGUCUCGCUGCAGGUGCUGCUGCAAGCGGCGCCCAGACUCGGCGACGCGGUUGCGGCCGCGGCCGUGGCCGAGCCGGCCGGAGGAGCAGCGAUGGACGUGGCGAUGGGCGAGGCGAGAGGCGGUCAAGGGUCGGCGCGACAGGAGAUCCUGUUGCUCGACGUCUACAUCGUCGACGUGAACGACAACGCGCCCAGUUGGUCGGAGGAGGUGUUGGGCGUCGAGGUGGCCGAGCACACGCCCAUCGGGACUCGCUUCGCGCUCGAGCCGGCCUUCGACGCCGACUGGGGCCCCGAGAACACGACGGUGCGCUACUUUCUGCUCGACGCACACACACACACACACACACACGGCUACGGCUACGGCGACGUCGACGUCGGCGUCGGCGUUGGGCUCGAGUCGCCGGACGGUUUGGGCCUGCACGCCUUCCAAUUGGACACGGAAGUGGUCACGCCGACGCCGACGCCGACGCCGACGGCGACGGCGACGGCGAAUGGCGACAGAGUCGACGAGUUGGCGUGGCCGUUCAGCGUGCGCGGCGCCGGCGGUCUGUCUGUGUGGCGACGGCGCGUCUUCAAGUUGUGGUUGCGCGUGACCCGCGACCUCGACCACGAGUCCGGCGGGGCUCGCCAGUUGACGUUGCGACUGGUCGGCGUCGACGCGGGACGCCCGACGCCGCGCACCGGCAGCGUGUUGGUCAACGUCACUCUCGUCGACGUCAACGACCAGGCGCCCGUCUUCCUGACGCCCAAGUCGCCCGGAUCCGCAUCCGGAUCCGGAUCGGGAUCGGGAUCCGGAUCAGGAUUGGGAUCGGGAGCCGUGAUCGUGUACGUGGCGGAGAACACGCCGGCCGGCAAAGUGGUGUACCGGCCCGAGGUGCACGACGCCGACGUGUCGGACCGCGACCGGCUCGAGUUCGGCUUGUCGAGCUCGGCCGCGGGUCCGGCGCGGCGCGUCUUCGGAGUGCGUCGAGCCAACGGCGAGGUCUACCUUCGCCAGGCGCCCGACUUCGAGGAGCAGAGCGAGUUCGCGUUGCCCAUCACCGUGUCCGAUCGCAAGCAUCAAGCCGGCCAGUUGGUGCUCGUGCGCAUCCUCAACCUCAACGACCACGCGCCCAGCGUCACGGUGCAGCCGGUCGCGCAGAUCUUCCCGCCCGACGCCGUCGUCGAGGCGACUCCGGCGCGUCCGGCCUCGAGCGUUUCCACGCCGACGGUCGUCACGUUGCGAGUGGCCGAACACGCGGCCGCCGACACGCUCAUCGCGUCGGUGCUCGUCACCGACGCCGAUCAACCGGCCGAACGCAACUAUCCCGCGUCGUCGGGGGGCGACGAAAACGCCGCCAAACCGCUCUCGCCGUCGGCGUCGGCGUCGGCGUUGGCGUCGCCGUUGGGCGGCGUGGGCGACGAGUUGACGUGCCAGAUCAACCAUCCCGGCCUGCAGCUGCGUCCGUUGUACGAGCGGGCUCGAGGCCGGUUCGGUGUGUACACUCGAGACCGGCUGGACCGCGAGCAACAGGCCGAGCACUCGGCCAGCCUCGUCUGCUACGACUCGGGCCGGCCGGUACAGUCGACGCAAGUGCAGCUGCGUCUCGUCGUCGUCGACGUCAACGACAGUCCGCCGGUGUUUCGUCAACGCGGCAUGGUCGCGCAUCUGCGCGAGAACUCGCCGCCCGGCAGCCUCGUCUACACCGUCCAGGCGCACGACGCCGACGUCGGCGUCAACGCCGCGCUCGGAUUCGCCCUCGACUUUGGCCAGACGACCGCGUCGCCGGGCGCCGGCCUCGCCCAAUCGACGCCCGCCGACUUCGCCGUGCAUCCGCGCACCGGCGCCGUCGUCAGUCUGCGCAGCUUCGACCGCGAACUGCGCGACCGGUUCGACAUUGUCGUCUACGUCUACGAUCGCGUCAAUUGGACCGAAGUCGGCCUCUCCGAAGACGACAUGGCGACGGCGACGGCGACGGCGACGGCGACUGGAGCGGCUGCUCGAACGGCCUCCGCCGAAGCCUAUCGUCAACUCAUGGAGCAGUUCGUGGCCAGCCUGCCGCGACUUGGACCACACGUCAACUCGGCCAACGCCACGUUGAUGCUGCAUUUGGAGGAUGUCAACGACUGCCAGCCGACCUUCGACCAAAGCAUCUACCAGUUUUACGUGAGCGAAGACGCAAAAGUGAACCAGUUUGUCGGCCAAAUCGUCGCCACCGACUGCGACGUCACCGAGGCCAACAGCAAGGUAAUCUAUUUGCAACCGUUACUCAUGAUACUACUCAUCUCACAUUUCAGUAGAUCACAACACCGUGGAGACUAG